CAUCUACACCUCCUCUGCGCCCCUGGAGCCACCUUCAAGAUCUUAGCCGACAUGGCGGACAAAUACGGCCCUAUAUUCCGGUUAAAGCUCGGUGCGCAUCAAGUCCUGGUGGUCAGCGACUCACGAAUCGCCAAAGAAUGCUUUACCACCAACGACAGAGCGCUCGCUGGCCGGCCCAAGACCUUAGCUUCGGAGAUCAUGGGGUACAACAACGUCAUGUUAGGCCUGGGUCCGUACGAUCAGAACUGGCGCGAUGCCCGCAAGGCUGUCGUGCUCAACCUACUGUCCAACCGUCAUCUCCAGACGCUCAGGCGGUUUUGGGAAUUGGGAGUAACAUCGUUUACCCAAGAUAUCUACAGAAGCUGGCUGAGGGACAAGAAUGAAGAAUCCGAGGAUGUAAAGCUGGACAUGAAGGAGUUGUUCGGGAAACUAAUCAUGGACAUCAUGAUGCAAAUCCUUUUCGGGCAGCGGUACGAGGAAGAAGGGAAACGGACAGUGGUGACGGUUAGGAGAUUCUUCGAUCUGUUGGGAACGUCAGUUGUGGGUGAUUACCUGCCAUGGCUAAGAUGGUUGGAUAUAGGAGGACAUGAGAAAGCCAUGAAGGAGACAGCCAAAGAGAUGGACACCAUAAUGGAAGGUUGGCUACAAGAACAUAAAAAGAAAAGAAAUACGAAAUCUCAAGAAGAAGAGGAAGAAGACUUCAUGGAUGGAUUGCUGUCCACUUUUCAUGGCAAAGAUGAUGGGGAUCACAAUAAAGAUUUUGAUGCUGACACAAUUGUUAAAGCCACUUCCAUGUCUGUGUUGUCAGCGGCCACCGAUACAACUACAGUAACAUUAACAUGGGCGCUUUCUUUAGUAUUAAACAAUUAUUGUGUGCUAGAGAAGAUCCAAGCUGAACUAGACAUCCAUGUUGGGAGGGAAAGACGCCUUAAUCAUUCCGACCUAAGUAAAUUGACUUAUCUUCAAGCGGUGAUCAAAGAAACUUUACGUUUAUAUCCUCCCGGUCCUCUUUUACUACCUCAUCAAUCAAUAGACAAUUGCACUGUCAAUGGCUAUCACAUCCCAAAUGGUACACGUGUAGUGGUGAAUGUCUUCAAGGUUCAACGAGAUCCGAAUUUUUGGUCAGAUCCUGAUGUGUUUAGGCCUGAGAGAUUCUUGGGUGAGCACAAAGAGAUCGAUUUAAGGGGUAAUCAUUUUGAGCUAAUUCCAUUUGGCAGUGGGAGGAGAAUGUGUCCUGGAUUUUCUCUUGGACUAGAAUUAGUAGAGUUGGUCUUGGCUAAUCUUAUUCAUGGCUUUGAUUUAAAAAGAAUUUCGAAUGAGCUAAUCGACAUGACAGAGACCGGAGGGCUAACAAGUGUCAAGGCAACUCCACUCUGUACUCUCCUUACUCCACGUUUGCCUUUACAUCUCUACGGUUAGAUUAAUUGCUUAAUUGUGGAAUCACAUAUAUGUUCUUUCCUUGAUGUAAGCACAAAAUUGUUGUCCUUUGAAUUAGAAUGAAGUUAAUUGGGGGCAACUUAAUAAAGAAAAAGAAGAAGAUGAAUCUAGAUAGAAGAUGGAGUCAGAUAUAAUCAUAGAACCUAUGAGCUAUAGUUGUGUAUAUCUUGCAAACAUUAAUGUAUGUAUUGCCGUAUUGGUG